GUUCUGAAAAGAGCCUUCUAUUAAUUGUGAAAAAUUCAACAUAAACCCCUCCCUCUCGCCCCCAUCUUUUUACCAGUCCACAGCUCGGCUUUACCAAAGUAUUUGGAGAAUUCAAAGGUUUUUUCUCUCACGCCGCAGCCUUACUUGAUCUCCGUCUUCCCUAGGUUCGAUCUCCAUCUAUAAUUUAUCAGAUCGGGGAUUCAACUUACAAGAAUUUGCAAAUGGAAGCCACCGGAGAAGCUAAUAUCGGUGGCUUGUUGGAUAAAAUCAACCCACCGCUACUCGAAGAUGCAGGCCUUGAGGACUGUGCACUUCAUCCAGACUCCAUACAAGAAGCAUUCCUGAAGGCGGCCACCGCUGUCCGCUCACAUAUUUUCCACGAUUCCGAUGAUGAAUCAGAAGGAGACUGCAUCAAUGAUCAAUGGCCUAGAAACGAAUCUGGAGGUGACAGACUCGUCGGAAUCACAACCGAGACCGAUCCUCCGGGGGCUUGUGCUCCAAAGAAAGGCGGUGAAUUGUCGGAGGUGAUAGGAGACGAGGUGGUUAUAGGCGAAAGAGAGGGUAUGCCAGAUAAGGUGGUGGAACCGGAGGUGCCAGAUGAGGCGGAGAAGUCAUGUGUUGAUGGACUGCAAGGAUUGAAGAUCCAAGAUACCGAUGAUAAGAAAUCUGAAACUAACAAAAAAUCGAAUGAAGAUGAAGAAGACGACGAAAAAAGAAUCCCAGUUUUGACUGAAGUUUGUAUAUGAUUAGCGACUGUUUUACUUUUAUUCUUGUAGUAGCGGUAAUAUCUCUUAUCUAUUUUACUUUAAACAAAAUCAAUCUCUCAUUUUGACCAACUUCGAUUGAAAUUAGAAGCAAAGAUUUAUUUUUUGAACA